UAUAUAUCUCUCUCUUUUGUUGAAUGUAUACUAAAAUCUUGAUUCUUAGAUUCAGUUCUGGGGGAUAAAUUGGGCUCGAGUAAAUCGGGCUGCUAUCAAAAACUAUAUAUAAAAUUUGAAGAUUUUGUUGAUCUGGAUUAAGGAUGAGUAAUUUAUCAAACAACAGUGUGGAGACUGUUAAUGCUGCAGCUACUGCUAUUGUGAAUGCUGAGAGUAGAGUCCAGCCCACUAGUGUUCAGAAGAAACGAUGGGGAAGCUGCUGGAGUUUGCCCUCUUGUUUUGGCUCUUCAAAGCCCAGCAAACGAAUUGGUCACGCCACCCUUGUUCCUGAGCCAACAGUUCCUGCAUCUGCAGCUCCUGUUACUGAAACUGUAAACCACACAUCAACCACGGCAUUUCCUUUUAUAGCUCCUCCCUCUUCUCCUUCAUCUUUACUCCAAUCAGAUCCUUCCUCUGCCAUUCAGACGCCAGGUGGAUUGAUGUCCCUCACAUCUCUUUCUGCGAAUGUCCGCUCCCAAGGUGGCUCCAUAUUUGCCAUUGGUCCCUAUGCUUAUGAAACUCAGUUAGUUUCACCGCCCGUCUUCUCUACCUUCACCACUGAACCAUCUACAGCCUCCUUCACCCCCCCUCCUGAACCUGUGCAAUUGACGACACCUUCAUCCCCUGAAGUGCCUUUUGCGCAGCUUUUGGCAUCAUCUCUAGCACACCCUCUAAGCCGCCCCCGAAGGAACAGUGGGCCAAAUCAAAAGUUCUUGUUGUCGCAGUAUGAGUACCAGCCCUAUCAGGUGGGAAGCCCAGGCAGUUACCUCAUAUCUCCAGGCUCAACAAUACCUAAUUCCGGCACAUCAACGCCUUUCCCAGAUAAGCUACCUCUCAUUGAGUUUCAGGUAGGGGAAACUCCAAAAUCCUUGGGCUAUGAAUAUUAUACUUCUCAGAAGUGGGGUUCAAGGUUAGGUUCAGGAUCCAUGACUCCAAAUGGUUUGGGUUCAAGGUUAGGUUCUGGCUCAUUAACACCCAAUGGUGGUGUUUCAAGGUUGGGUUCUGGUUCUUUGACGCCAAAUGAUUUGAAUUCAAAGGCAGGCUCUGGUUCUAUGACUCCAACUGAGCCUGUGUCUAAAGACGAUCUGAUUGUGAACCAAAUAUCUGAGGUGGCAUCACUUGCCAACUCAGACAGUGGGUCUCAAGAUGAAGAAAUCGUUAUUGGUCAUAGAGUAUCAUUCGAAUUGCGCUGUGAGGAUGUUGAAACGUGUCUAAAAAAGAAUUUGAAUUCGACCGAAGAAACCGUAUCAGAGUUUCAACAUGAUGUGACAGUCCAAUGCGCGAGAACAGACAAAGAAGUAUCAGACAAAGCAAUGAAUACUUGUAAUUGUGGAGGGGAGAGCGAGGCUAUCAUGCCUGGAAAAGCUAUAGAAGGGCAUGAGAAGCAGUGUUUGUGUAAGAAUAAUUCUGGUAGACAUGGUUCGAGCAAGGAAUUCAAAUUCGAUAGCACAAAAAGUGAUGAAUGGUGGACCAGUGACAAGGUUGUUGGUAAGGAGUCAGGUUCCAAGAACUGGACAUUCUUCCCAAUGCUACAGCCAGAGCUCAGCUGAGUUAAGACUCAAGAAUUACAACACACGUGUUCCUUCACCUCUUAGCGUCCUUGGUCUGGAUACAGAUUGAUGAAAAAUGAACAUAUACACGAUCAAUCUCGACAUUAAGUGAUGCUUUAUUCGGAGUUAGAGAAAACACAAUCUGAGAAAAUUACAUCCUUCUUACCUUGCACUCAAAGGCAGCCGCAGGAUCCCAGCUCCUCUUGCCAAAUGCGAUCACUUACAAGAACAGUGGGUCUAGCUGCUUUAAUUUUCUUUCAUUUUCUUAUGCAUACUUUGAACAUUAAAGUACAUGUACAACUAAAUAUGUUCUAAAUUCUUUGGUC